CAGUGUAAUAAAACUACUCAUAAAUGGUUUUGUUUCAUGAGAAAUAUACUAAGUUAGAACUCUAUCAACUCAAUUACAAAAACGCGUGUGAGUGUGGCUAUAUAUUAUGUGUAUUAAAAAUAAUAUAAUUGGUACUUAAGAUGCCGUGUUGCAAUUUGAGAAGACUCCAGAAACAUAUUUUUAUUUAUGGAGUGUUUGGCCCUAGAAAAAUAUAAAUAUUAUUUUGAGUGUAAUAAUUUCAAGUUAUCAGUUGAUAUCUCGUAACAUUUGACAGAUGGCGAAAUACGAUAUUUUACAAGGCUGUUAUCUCGUUCAUUGAUUCGUUCUGUGUUUAUUGUUCAAACUGCGCGGACAGUGUUAGUGUAUGGUGCUGCUCAGGUUGUGCGAACUGUUGUCCAAUACAAAACUAUUUAAGGACUGCCAAUGCGAAAGAGGGCCAGGAAGAAGAAGGCUUCUGCGGAGGCUGCGGAAGAGAUGGAUAAGCGCGAAUCAGGCGCUCAAUGGGAACACGGAAAUACAUGUUCCGUUCAAUCUGGUGGCCGGCUGGUGUUUGGAGGCGGAGGCAUUACCACCUUCACAUAGGGCGGGAAAGUUACUGGCGCUGAGGCUUCUGUGCGAGUCGACGCAGGCGCAGGGCCCGGGGGCACCUUCCUCCUGCAACAAUCGCCUGCACCUCGCUCACUUGAACUUAUACCAAAGAGCUCUUCAUCAUGGUUUGACGGGCGAAGAUCGUUCAGUAGUGGAUGUACUAGUAGAGUAUGCAGCCCCGCGCUAUCUCUCACUUGCAUUAGACGGUUACUCCUUGUUGCUUCUUGACUUCGUUCACGCUUCUACUGUCGUCCUCAACUCUUCAGAUAUGGGACCCUCCUGUCCUCGAACGGCAGCCGUCACGUUUCUUGGAUCCCUGCUGUCUCUCCCUGAUAGCUUGAUGAGUGCGCCAAUGUUGCAACCCUAUCCUCACCAGUACAACACUGUGUCUUGUCCAGAUCUUAAGGAGCACGUGCUCAACAUAGUGGUGCGCGUGUGUCGGCGGGAGGGCGCGGCCGCGGCCCGCUGCGCCGGCGCAUGCGGCCUGGCGGCGCACGUGGCGCACCAGCUGGCGACGCGCACGCAGUGUCCGCGCCUGCCCGCCUACGUCACGUGCCUGCUGCGGAUGAUGACAAUGAAAAACAAAGUAAUUGCCAAAGUUGUUAGUGAUGCUGUAUUAGUAUUAGCCGAUUAUACCGACCGGAUUGUAGAGAUGUACCCGGGGCUUAUAGAGAAAAUCAUAAUUUGGUUAUGCGCAUGUCUCGCGCAAAUAUCAUCAGCAAGCAGCAGCAAUUCAGUGAAGCCGUUGGCUGGCUCGCUGUUGCUAUGUCUGGCGGAGUUUGCCGUCCGCUGCGGACCAGCGCUGCUCCUCAAAGACCAACCAAACACCCCGCUGCUCAUCAUAUUCAAGGUGUUAUAUGCUGUAAUGAACGGUACCAAUGGGUCAGACAUCGAAGGUCUGACGCUGCCGGAGGACGAAGACUUCGACCCCAAUAUCCAGCUGGAUAACCUCGGCCCCAAGUCCACUCCAGCUUCUAAUAUUGACGUCAAACUGUGGGCCCAAACGAUAUGUUCCCAACUGGUGGUGCACCUGGGCCACUGGCCGCUGUGGCCCGGCUGCCAGCUGUCGUCGGGCGUGUGCGAGCAGCACGACAGCGUGCCACCACUGGGCAGCGACCUGGGGGCGGCCGUACUGUCUGCGCCGCACGUCCAGCUCAUGAGGAUCAGCGACACCACGCUCGCUUCCUUCGUGGAGCUGCCCGCGCUCGACCAGCCCCACGCCGGCACCACGCCAGGUCUGAUGACAUCGGAGCGGCAAGUGCGCGUGAUACUCCGUGACAUCACGGGCAAGGCGUGUUGGGACGCGUCCGCUCUGUACUACGAGCCUACCGCCCUCGACCGGCCCUCCACCUGCCAGCCCGACGUCGAUGACCCGCAGCCCCUACCCGAUGUUGUCGAUAGUCCAAGAGAUAACACGCUGUCGUCAUUACCACCGCCUCUACCGCCAGAUAUGUUGCCGGACUACAAAAAUUCACCGCCCGAUAAACACCAAUUGGAUCAUGUUCUAGCCUAUAUAGGCCACACGUCUCCGGAAGUGACGUGCGGUAGAAGACUGGAUGAAGUCGGCCCCUCGCCGCUGCCGCCUGGUGCAGAAGACGAGCUCGUAUGUGCGCUUGUGGCACAUCGGAACGCAGAGAGAAGCUACCUGCAGAACAAAGAGAGGGAGGUAGAAGAUUACCCCGUGGUGUGUAGUUCACACCCGGCCGCAGAGAAGGAUGAGCAGGUAUUCGCGGUGUCACGGCAGCUGAUCACCCAACUGGGUAUCCUGGCGCCGGCACGACGUGCGCACGCGCAUCUGUUGCGACGGAGUGACAGGCUGCUGCGCGAGCUGAGGAACCUGGACGCGCAGAGAUGCCGCGAGACCCACAAGGUGGCGGUGAUCUACGUGGGCAAGGGCCAGGAGGGCCGCAACGAGAUCCUGUCGAACCGGUGCGGCAGCCCGGCCUACGAGGCAUUCCUGGCGGCGCUCGCGUGGGAGGUGGAGCUGGAGAGCCACGUGGGCUUCGCGGGCGGGCUGCGGGGCGGCGGGGGCGGCGGCUCCACCGCGCCCUACCUCGCCACGCUCACACUCGAGGCGCUCUUCCACGUGGCCACCCGCAUGCCCGCCGACACACCUGACGCUAUCCUCAACAAGACCCGGCACCUCGGCAACGAUGAAGUACACGUGGUGUGGAGUGAACACUGGCGUGCGUACAAGAGGGACACCCUUCCUACGCAGUUCUGUGACGUGCUCAUCGUGCUGUACCCGCUGCCGGGCGGCCUGCUGCGAUGCACCGUCUCCAGGAAACCAGACGUGGGCGUAUUCGGUCCGCUGUGGGAGGAGUGUAUCGUCCGCGUGAGCUGCUGCGCCGCCCUCGUGCGAGGCGCGGCCUUCGCAGGCGGGCGCGCCGUGCGAGCCACCAUGCCGCUGUACCAGCACGCCUGCAGCGAGCGGGCGCGCGACCUGGAGCACCUGCGGGCCGCGCACACGCUGCCCGCCACCUUCGAGCACUUCGUGACGCGCGUGCGGGACCCGCUGCCCGCACCGUCCGCGCACUCCACCGGCGACACGCCACCAGAUCAGAGUAGCGGUCGCCUAGCGAAUGCGCUACUCGACCACGGCACGACCACGUGGCCGAGCGAGCCACAAACAAUAUCGCCGCGACCAAUCAAACGUCUCGGACCGUUCAAGCGACCGCUGCAGAACGCUCCCUCGCAGAACUCCCAGGUGACUCACCCGCAGCCGACGCCCAGGAGAAACAGAUAAGCAGUAUUACUACAACUUAAUAAUAGUAUAUUAUGAAACAGGUGGGCUAAGUUGCUUAUUGUACACGAGGCUGUGGGUUGCACUUAUCGUAUAUCAUCAUCCGAGUGUCUAGUGAGUUACUCACGAGUUUCAUACGCAUUUUUUCAACACACUUGCGAGUAAAAAACAAACAUGUUUCGCAUAAAUCGUUCAAACAAAAUAUAAAAGGAGGAUGGCGAGAAUGCAUAUAUUUUGGGACCCACUGAAAUAUGUGGCGUAGGUACAUUAUGGAAACUUAUUAAUAAUUGUAGAACGUAACAAAACUAAGAAGAAAGCAAAUGGUUAGUAAGUCUAAAAAAGUGGGAGAUAAAAGAUAAAACUAAAAGUAAAAUAUAACCUAAAAUUAUUAAUCCAUAUCUAUCGUUCAAUCCAUUAUUUGUAUCUUAUGUCUAUGCCUAAUUACUGUCUGCUUGAAUAUAAUAUAAUAUUUAUGUGGGAGGUUGACCAGCAGCUAACAAUUGACGAUUCACAAUUCAUUCUUUUUUCAAGCAGGUAUCGAAUCUUUUAAAUAUACCUACCGAUUUUAGUAUCAAAAACGAUAAUAAUCUUAUUGAAUCUGUAAUUCACAAUCAUUGUGAAUUGCUGAUUUGAAUAGGUAUUGAUAGUUUCAUGGUGUCGGAACAUCCAUAUAAAAAUGACUGUCAUGUCAAAAAAAUGUAGAUGUCAAUAAUCAAUUGCGUAAAACGUUCCGUUAGUGCAAGAUGACCUAUUUUUUAAUAAAUUAUAAUUAUUUAUAUCUUUUGACUCCCAUAUCUUAGCGCCUCAAUAAUUUUUGUAUAAACAUCUUAUAAACUUAUGUUUAUAAUUAAUAUAAACUUGUACUUGUACGAUGCUUCCUUAAUUUUUAAAUUAUGAUGGUCCAUUCUCGCCAUCCGCCUUUACAGGAAAUGGAACGCAAGGUUUUUUUUUUAAGCACGCGCCUUAUGUAAGGUGACUGAUUACAUAUAGCCAUACAGCCUAAUUCAAAAAUAAUUUAAGUGAUAAAACUCAUAAAACCUCUUUUUUGUUAAAAAAAAGGUGUAUUACCUUAGGUACUAACUUUGUAGGGAUAAUUCUAUAAUGCACGUGUGUGUUAUAGUUCGGUUUAUGGCUCUAAUAACGAUUUAAUAAGGCUCACUUUACGAGCAAGUGUGUAGAAAAAUAUUUUACUUUGAUUUGAGGAGAUACAAUCAUGUUUCUACUAAGAUUGAAUAUUAUUACUACAAGAUGAGAUUAAACAUACUUAGGUCAUAUUGUAUUGUUAGUAAUGUCACUCAGCAUAAAAGCGUCAAUAUUGGAAGUAUUAAAUACAUAUUACUUAUUCUUUUUUAUAUUAAUUAUCAAGUAUAUGAAAGACUAAUAAAGUUUACUUACAUGAUAACAUGUAGGUAUUCUGACAAUAGUUUUUUUUAAAGAUCAUAAUAUAUAAUAUAACAUAAGUUUUAUUUACAUAGUAUUUAUUUUAAUAAAAUAAAACAUUCAUUUAGUAUGCGACUUAAGUAUCUAUUGGUAGACCAGUGGGAGGCUCCUUUGCACAGGAAGCCGGCUAGAUUAUGGGUAACACAACGGCGCCUAUUUCUGCCGUGAAACAGUAAUGUGUUAACAUUACUGUGUAUCGGUCUGAAGGGCGCCGUAGCUAGUUAAAUUACUGGCCAAAUGAGACUUAACACCUUAUGUCUCAAGGUGACGAGCGCAAUUAUGGUGCCGCUCAGAAGUUUUGGGCUUUUCAAGAAUCCUGAGCGGCACUGCAUUGUUAUGGGUAGGGCGUAUCAAUUACCAUCUGCUGAACUUCCUGCUCGUCUCGUCCCUUAUUUUCAUAAAAAAAUAGACGUGCGAUUGUAAUUUGACACAAGACAGAGGAGGCAACGUAAUAAUAUUGAUUAUAAUAAAGAAUAAAGAGAUUCUUAGUGUAAUGAGAAAUGACUUAAUGAAAUUUUAUGUACUUAAAAAUUGUAAAUUAAGUUUAAUAUUAUAAUAGAUGGUUAAUGCAUUUAAUUUAUUACUAGUAAGUAUCUGCGCCUUAACAAUAACAUUUACUUAUAAAAGUGGUGAAACAUGUCAAACUUCGAGUUAUAGUCAUGUACGUAACUGUUCAUUGAAUUAUUUUCGGUAAUAAAUGGAAAUUGCCACAUCCUUAGAUUAAAGAUUGGUCUCCGCUACGCUCCAACUAGAUUCCGUACUACCUAAGAACAAUAGCUUUUUUUAUUACGGCAACUAUUCGAUGCUUGCGUGCGACCCGGCCGGCAUUUUAGUUUCAAUUAUUAGCACAGUUUAACAGAACAUAUGGCACCUCAACGUCAGACAUCGUUCGAGACUGGCUCGAGUAUGCCGACUUGGGCGUAGUAUUAGUUUCCGCAUUUUGUGACUACGCCUGCGGUAUCUAGUUGGAUCUUGUUAUCGUAGUGGAGACCAAUCCUUAAUCUAAAGUCAAAUCAUUGUUGUAAUUUGCAAAAACAUGGCUUGUGUAUAGAAUAAGUAUGUAUAUUUGGUAUUAGAUACUGUUAAUACAAAAUGUACAUCGUAAAUGCCACUUUUUAUCGAUUUCUGUUUAUCUGGUCAUAAAGCAGAGAUAAUUUCGGACUUAUGACAUUUCUGCCAAUUAUAAAAUGCGCUACCGACAUGUGCGUAAGGUCAUUGACCGAAUUUCUAUCUGCUUCGCGACCACAGAUGAAUUUGAAAUAAAUGAUAAACUAUAUCAUGAAAAUGAGGUAAUGAGUGUACAUAGUAUGUGAACUACUUAUAGAGCUUUAACUGUUAUAGUUUUACAAUAUUGAAAUAUUAUUUAUUUUAUAUAUAAUAAUAAAUUUAAGUGUUUCUAAUAAAUUAUGGCUCUAAACUUAUUAAAACGUUUUACCUCCAACUAAGUAUCAGUGUGUUAUAUUUUGUUAAACUGUUUGAUAGAUCUGUGUAUUGUAAGAUUUUUUGUUUGAUUAGUAAUAUUAAUGUUAUUGUAUCUGUUCUAUGUUGGACUCAGGAUUAUAUUAUGUCUCCCACAUUGCUGCUAAGAAUAUAAAUCGGAAAAACUUACUGGAACAAAGUAGUACAUACCUAUUACCUAUUAUGUGUUAGGUACCUGUUAUUUACAAAAGAGGAAGAUAAUUUGUUUCUUAUUAAUAUUAUUUGAUUAUUAAUGCAUUUGUUCAGAAAGUUGUAUUCAAUUUGUUUGCUUUGUAAUCUUUGUAAAUCUCAGAUGUAAAAACAUCAUUCAAAUCUAAAUUACUUCUGUUAAAUUAUUCUGGGGGAUUCCAAAUUUUAAUUUAAUACUAGCUGACCCAGCAAUACAACAUAUUAAAAAAAUGUAUUAUUUAAAUUUUGAUGCAACCUAUUCUCAGACCUACCAAAUAUAUCGUACUACAAUUAUUGUAUUCGAUUGCCAUCUUGCAACCCUAUAUCGGUUUGGUGGAUGGAACAGAAUAAUAUAAAAAUCGUGUUACAAAAAUAGUUGUACCUACAUCGUAGUAGGGUGAAAAUUUAAAUUUGUAGGUGUUUUUCAAUGCUGAAUCAUAUAAUAUUUUAUAAUAUAAAUAAAAAAAUUGGCAACAAAUUUAAAAAAAAAUUGGGGUGGAGUACCCUUAACAUUUAGGGUGAUGUAAAAUAGAUAGUAGCCGAUUCUCAGACCUACUGAAUAUGCAUAUAAAAUUUAGUAAAAAUCAGUAAAGCCGUUUCGGAGGAGUAAGGUAACUAACAUUGUGACAUGAGAAUUCUAUAUAUAAGAUUAUAUCAAUAUGAACUUAUUUUACCAGCACUCUACCUAUGUUAAUUCAUAAUGGCCUGUUAAAAAGGAGCUGGGAUUCAAGGACAAAAUACAGGAAUAUGAAUAAUAGAGCCAACAGGGACUCGAGACACUAACAUAGAUUCAGUUUCAUCUUAUUGAUCAGGUCAUAAAUAUUCCAAGAAAUGUACUUACUUUUAAAAUAUGAAAUUCUUGUGAUAAUGUUUUGUCGAAUAUCUAUCGAAAAAACCUUGUCUUUUUAAAAAGAAAAUUAUAUUUUUUUGUGUUAAUAAAACUUCUUAAUUAUUUUUGAAUACUGCUAGUAAUUAUAAUAAUGGGUACCUAUAGAAAAUUAUGUUAAGCUAUACUCAAUCAAUAAAUCCAUCAACUGAAAGCAGUCAUUGUUUUAUCAUAAUAUAAUUGAGUUCAACUUCUUAUUUAUUGCAUUCCAAGAAUGUUUCUAUAAUUUGUUUUAAGCUUUCCCUUGAGAUUAUGAAAUACACGGACUCGUAAAAAAAUAAGGACUCCGUUAUAUAACAGUGUAGCACCAAAACAAGCUGAUUAACGUGUAAAUACAUAGCCCCACGCACAUACUUACAUACUACAGGCCGAUAGGCGGCCAUUAUGAGAAUUGUCAUCGUCUGUGACAGAUCAGUUUGCGUCUCAGUUAAAUAUUUUCAAAAUGCCGUCGUGCGUUGUGAUAACGUGUAAAAACGAUACUAUAUAAGUAUUUGUGGCCAUAUAUGAUUAUUUAUGGAGAAAAGAAUGUGUAACUAGUAUCCCCCGUAACCGCACACACUAGCAUAACGGUGCUUCACUUGCUAAUAUCACGGCGCGGAGUCCUUUUUUUACUCGUCCGUGAUGAAAUAAAAUAAUCUGCUUGCAUUUUAUUUUUGUAUAUUGUUUACUAGAAGGCAUUCCAAGUACGUAACAUAUUAAUUCAUUAUGUAUACAUAUUUUUACAUUUUAACUUAUUGAAAGCAGUAUUUCAUAAACUGGAAGACUGAUGUUUUGUGUAUUGAAGGUUCAUUUAAGUAUUAAUGUAAAGAAACAUGUGACCGUCAAAUUAAAUUGAUGUUAAAUUAUAUUUUUGCAUUCAAUUCAUUGCAGUUUAAUUGGGCUUCAAAGUUAUAAUAAUAUAUAUAUAAUACAUCAGUAGGUAAUAAUUGUUGUACUAACAAAAUAUAUAUUGUUGAUUACAAUAAUUGUUAUUAAAUAAAAUGUAACCAAUUUUUAUAUGUAAAAUGUGAAUAAAAAAACCUUCAAAAUUGAA